UUCUCCCCAUUAUGCCCAUGCCCAAUUUUCUCUUUCACAAAAGGUCAAUACAUGUGGUUGGUCCUGCUCUCACCACCUACAAAGCCAUGACCCAUUAAAACCCUUGUACUAGGAUAGCUCAAAUAAGAGAGAGAGAGAGAGAGAGAGAGAGAGAGAGAGAGAAGCUGUGAGGAAAAGAAGAAGAAGAAAACCAUUAGUGAGAGAUGAGAGAGAGACUAUUACUUUCCACUGCAUUGCUUCUUCUCCUCUUUGGUUGUGUAGGAAGCAAUGAAGUGGGAGAGGUGGUGAUGGCCAAAGUGGGUUGUGGGGGGAAAGUUGGGGGUUGCAGUUGGGAGGAGGAGCAGCAGCAGCAGCAGCAGCAGCAGCAGCAGCAAAAUGAGGGUCUGGAGAUGGAGGAGGUGGAGUCCAAUGCAAGCAAGAGGAUCUUGUGGGCUACUCAAAAGAGGUACAUAAGCUAUGAGUCUCUCAAAAAUGAUGUUGUUCCCUGUGCCAAAAGAGGGGUUCCUUACUACAAUUGCUGGGCUUUUCCAAGGGCUCAUAAUCUCUACUCAAGGGGGUGUGAAAUCAUCACUGCUUGUGCUAGAGAUGCUAAUCCUUGAAAAAAAAGAAAAAAAAUGGUAAUUGGUAAGAAAGAGGAUCAAAAGAUCUCUACUAUGUUGGUUGAUUGUUUGAAUUAUUGUUGUUAGGAAAAUGCUAGGUGUGUACUCCAAAAAGGAGCUGUAGAUCUUACAAUCUUUCAUCCGAGGGUUUACAAAUCUCUUAAAAUUUUUAAUACUACGCAAAAUAAAAAUAAUAAAAAAAAAAGAUGACACUACAUGAAAGUAAUAGUAAUUCUUGGAUGAUAGAGUGUAAAAUUUACGCCUCCCUUUUUUUUGGAGUGUAUAGAUAGUACUGUUCUUGUUGUUGUUGUUAUUAUAUAUAUAUAUUUAUAUAUAUAUUUUAAAUUUGUAGUGCAUUAAUAAUGUUUAUAGUUUUGGUUCCAUUUAUAACGACAAUUAUUAUGUGGUUAUUAUUGGUGUUUGCCCUGUCA